UGUGCAGAAUGGAGAAGAGGUCUCUGCGCAGACUCCUCCCAGUCAUGUCUGGAAGAAAACCUCCCGUUAACAGUGGGUGCUGGCCAAAGGCGCGCGCUCCAUCCACGAGGACCCACCAAGCUUUAGAACCCCUUCAAGGACGACCACCAUGAGAGCCCUCAUUUCCGCUGUGCUGCUGCUCACAACAACCCACUGCAGCCGCGCGCUUUUCAACUUCGACCAGCACGAGCUGCUGUUCAAACGGAACAGCUGCAAGCAGAUCCCCGCCAGCCUGCCGCUCUGCCACGACAUGGAGUACACGGAGAUGCGCCUCCCGAACCUUCUGGGCCACGAGACCAUGACCGAGGUUCUGCAGCAGGCGGCCUCCUGGAUCCCCCUGGUGCAGAAGCAAUGCCACCCGGACACCAGGAAGUUUCUCUGCUCUCUCUUCGCCCCCGUCUGUCUGGAUGACCUGGACGAGCCGAUCCAGCCGUGCAGGUCCUUGUGCGAGAGCGUGAAGCGCGGCUGCGCGCCCGUCAUGUCCGCCUUCGGCUUCCCGUGGCCGAAGAUGCUGGACUGUGAGCGCUUCCCGCCAGACGACGACCUGUGCAUCCCACCUGUAGACAGCGAGAACCUGGUGCCAGUCACCGAGGAAGCACCUAGGGUGUGUGACGCAUGCAAGGAAACUGAUGAGAAGGACAACGAAAUUGUGGACAGUUUGUGCAAGAAUGACUUUGCUAUGAAAAUCAAGGUCAAAGACAUCUCGUACAUCAACAGAGAUACCAAAAUAGUCCCAGAGACAAAGAGCAAGAUCAUAUACAUGGUGAACGGUGUGACCGAGCGCGACCUUAGGAAGAUGCCGCUGUUGCUGCGGGAUGGGAUGCAGUGCAUCUGUGAGGAGAUGAACGACAUCAACACUGCCUAUCUGGUCAUGGGCCAGAAGACAGAGAGCCACCUGGUCAUCACCUCGCUGAAGCGCUGGCAGAAAGGACAGCGCGAGUUCAAGAGGAUUUCCAGGAGUGUUCGUAAGAUGCAGUGCUAGGAGUAUGAGAAGAGAUCAUAAAAUCUGCAUGUCAGUGUUGAUAAUUAGGUUUUAGUUGUACCCUUUCCAUUUUUUUUUUUGCUGCACAUAUUGCAGCUAUGGGCCAGGUGUGUAGCCUUUGAGCACAUCUGGAUUGCUUCUCAAACUUAAGAAGAUGCAUAUAAAACUUGUGAUCAAAGUAAGGAAGCCUGUGGAUUUGAAAUUGUUGUAAAAUGCAGAAAAAAGGUGAAAUUCCUGUGGCGUUUUUCCAAGUUCAGCUAUUUUUGUUGCACCAAUGACCCCUAGUGGGCAUUUCUUAAAUAGCACGUCUUUUUAUGAGUUGUGUUUGUCAAUUUCAUUUUCAAGUUAGUGUCUGUCUUAUUCAGUUGGGGGGGGGGGCACAGAAAUACUAAAACACAUGGCUGGGGUAAAAAAAAAAAAAAAAAGAAAGAAAAAAAGCAGUUACAGCUUUGGGAUACAUGGGAUAAUGGAUUGUCACUACUGGCAGAUGCAAUUCCUGCAUAAAAACAGUUUGUAAAACCCCAAAAGACACACUUUUGUCCUUUCUGGUGGUUCAAACAAGGUUUUUUUUACUUUAAAUGUUCAGCAAACAUAUCUUACAGUAAAAUGUACAAAUGCUGAAACAGCUUCAGAUGAGAGUCUGUGAAAAACCUUCUUUCCAUCCUGUCUUCUCAAGCUAAAAUGAGAGAUAGCUGGCUAUAUGCUCUUUCUGUAAAAUUUACUUAUUUUUAUCUCUGUUGUUUUUUACGUGCAUAUUUUUUUUAUUACACAUUUUGUUAAUGCUUUUGAUUUGCUGUGUUGACCAAUAGGUUCUGUUUUUUAGGUAUGAACUCUAAAAGUUGGACGUUUGGACGGUGGUGUUUUAUAAAGCCGUAUCUAGGCAAACUACAGAGAGAUUGUGUGUAUGUUUUACCAUGUAAAGUAUCUUUACAUUACAAUGUAAAUAUCAAAUACUCUCAUUAAUUCUUUUUAUUUGUUUUCAGCAAAUAAAAGCUGCCGACCAAAAA